AUGGCAUCAAGUAUGGCUUUCAUGAAGUACCUUCACUUCUCUGUACUUAGUAGAGCUUUCAAAGUGUUUAGAAGCGUUUCCAGUGUGAGAUCUAUUCAGUUUCCAUCACCCUGGAGCCGCCAUGAUGUCUUAAUGAGCACUGCAGCAUCACGGCAGCCUUCUAUUGCCAACAGAAGGUCAAAUCUCAUGGCCCAGUUUGAGCAAAUAAAGAGUCAGCAUCCGAACUACAUACUGCUGUUCCAAGUUGGUGAUUUCUAUGAGCUGUAUGGAGACGAUGCAAGUGAAGUGACAUCCAAGACCCCUCUCCGACUGACCAGGAAGAACAAUACAUUCAUGGCAGGCUUCCCAACCAAGGCUCUCAGCGAGUGGCAGAGACUACUGGUGGAGGCUGGGUUCCAGUUGGCCAUCUGUGAUCAAAAUCCUGCACCAAAAACUAACAAAGGAGAGAAAGUGUAUCUUCUUGGUCGCAGUGUGGUCAAGUUGGUCACCCCUGGCACUCUUGUAGAGCCUCUGAGCAACCAUGCCAACUAUCUCCUCUGUAUCAACCCAGGACCUAGCAACACGGUAGGCCUAGCCUGGGUGGACAUUUCCACUGCCGAGUUUUCAGUGACUUCCACUGAAGGCCAGAACAUUGAAGAGGACAUUGAGAGAAUUUGUCCCUCUGAGAUAUUGCUCCCUGAAGAUGUGAUCAUGGCUGUUGAAGCUGGUACAAGUGUUGGUCCAUCUUCCUCACCUUGUCUGGAAGAGCUGGUGAAAUGCUCUGCACUGAGAGAGAGUCAUUUGACUACCAUACCACAAUCCUGGUACCAGCCACAGCUCUUAGACCCCGGCCUUCACAGUCUAGAUGUUUCAAAAUACAUCAGUCAAGAGAAAUUUUCCACCCUGGAGACGAGUGCUGCUAUUGCGCUGCUGAGGUUUGUGAUGCACACACAGAGAAGUGUGGUCCCAUUCCUCUCCCCCAUCGCCCGCUACUCACACCAUCAGCACAUGGCCAUUGACCCCAACACACGCAGGGCACUUGAGCUGGUCACGCCGCUGUACAGUAACACGAAGAAGACCACUCUGUUGGGUUGUAUGGAUGGAACAGUGACGGCGGCCGGGGGGAGGCUACUCAAAGCAAGACUAUCGUCACCUUUGACUAGCAUCCCAGACAUCAAUAAGAGGUUGGAUGCAGUAGAAGUGUUCAGAAAUGAAGUGUUUCAUUGUGAAAUGAUUGUUGGUAUGCUCAAGAAGUGCCAGGAUCUAGAGAGAAUUUUACAAAAAGUUGCUACUAGCUCUGCUAAUAUCUCAGACCUGCUAGCCAUUAAGACAACUCUUGCUUUGGCUGCAGACAUCAUGGCUUACAUCGAAGAACACUUGCCAAACUGCCCUGUAUUGGAUAUGGAAGGCUUUGUUGACCUGUCCAGCCUCGUCCAAGAACUAGACAAUGCUCUGUGUGAUGUUACCCAUGGAGACUACAUAACCACAGGAUAUUCUAAAAAGGUGGACGCACUUCGACAGGACAUACAGAAUAACGAAGAACAGCUAACACUCUUUAUUGCCUCCCUCCACUCGUCCCACCCCGGCCUCCCUAAGAUGACCAUCGUAUCUCAUAAAGGCUACAUCAGAGUCUUAGAAGUCACCAAAUCUCAAUCCUCCAAGAUGGAAAAAUGUCCGGAGCUAAUCAGAAUAGACGGUACACAGUCCAAAGUACGAUUCAGCAAUUUACAGCUACAGAAACUUAAUGCAGAACUGCAACGGCUUGAACAUUCCUACUCCACUGCUCAGAGCGAGCUUUUCAAGGGCCUUUGUGAGAACGUGAUGGGAGAAGCAGAGAGUAUCAAGAGUACUGCACUGGUCCUAGCACACCUCGAUGUGUCCACUUCCCUAGGAGCGCUGGCUAUGGAGAGGGCAUAUUGCAGACCAGAGUUGAGGGAGGAGCCAGUGUUUAAAGUGGGCGGGGCUACUCACCCGGUCAUCUCCAGCGUAGGAUUGGGGACAUUUGUUAGCAAUGAUUGCAUCAUGGAUGAUCAUAGACUGUGGGUAGUGACCGGGCCCAACAUGGGAGGGAAGAGUACAUUUCUGAGGCAAAAUGCUCUCCUGGCUGUUCUAGCACAAACGGGUAGUUUUGUGCCAGCUGAGAAUGCUACACUGGGUGUAGUGGACCGCCUCUUUGCUCGAGUGGGGGCGAGUGAUAACAUUGCCAGACACAUGUCCACCUUCCACAUGGAGAUGACAGAGACGGCUAACAUCCUCAGCAACGCCACUGAUAGAUCUUUUGUUGUGUUGGAUGAGAUAGGAAGAGGCACAGGUACGUCUGAGGGGCUGGCUAUUGCUCAGGCUGUCAUUGAGUACCUUCAUAACAACAUUGGUUGUCGUUCGCUGGUUGCCACGCACUUUCACCAACUGUCAGGCCUGGCCCAAGCUCAUCCUAACAUUGGCUGUUAUAAACUUGUUGCUCAUAGCAACCAGAACGGGAUCGUAUUCACUUACAAAAUAGAGGCUGGCUAUGUUGAGCGGUCCUUUGCUACUGAUGUGGCCAGAUUAGCUGGGAUACCAAUGGAGGCUGUCAGGAGAGCUGAGGAGCUGUUGGCUGACAUUAGCUAGAUGAUGAUUCUCUCCCAUGCAUGUACUCUGACAAACAUCACACUCAUUUCAUGAUCAGUUUUGUUCCAUAAUUACUUGUCUUAUCGUAACUAUACGUAUACGUAUUUCAGCUUUCAUGCAUUGUGUAAAAAUGUCACGUU